AUGUGCAUCGUGUGCGACGUCCCUGAGUGCGGAUUUUGGCUCACUCCGCACCCCACACCCCUCGCCCCCAGGCCCCCAUGCACCCAUGCAAAUCCCCAUCCAGGGUACUCACCACUACAUGCCUAUCCACACCAUGUACGCAAACUCCCGCCUUGCCCCACCGCCACAGCUACUGUCGAAUCUGUAGACUCUGUACCCCCGUAUUACCUGAUCGUUCCGCUGUCGGUUGACGACAUCUCCUGCCCGUGGACUUUGCCCUCAUUCCGCACUUCAACUACAUAUCGAGCCUCGCUUCUCCAACAAGGCACCCACCUUCUGAUAUCAGCCGUUGACCAAUCUCACCACCUGCAACCAAAACAAACCCCUCCGACUGCAAUCAUGUCCACACUCGACGCCGCCCAGCUCUUCUCCGUCAAGGGUCUGGUGGCUGUGGUCACGGGUGCCGGCUCCGGCUUGGGCGAGAUCAUGGCUCAUGCUUUGGACGUCAAUGGUGCCAGCAAGGUCUUCAUCCUUGGUCGUCGCGAGGCCAAGCUCAAGGAAGCCGCCUCCAAAGCCAAAAACGGCACUCUCAUCCCUGUGGCAUGCGAUAUAAGUUCCAAGGAAUCUUUGGAGGCCGCCGUCUCGGCAAUCGAGAAGCAAACGCCAUUCAUCAACGUGCUCGUCGCCAAUGGCGGCUUCCUUGGCGAGGUCACCAACAUGGCGCCCCGUCCAGCGGAGCAGACCGUCAACGAACUUCAAACUGAGCUGUGGAACAAGCAAUCUUUUGACGACGCGGGCAAGGUUGUUAGCACCAAUAUUGCUGGUUCCUACUUUACUUUCCUCGCCUUUCUAGGCUUGUUGGGUGCCGGCAACACGCACGCCGACAGUAUUGGAAAGAGCGGUUAUCUCCAGAGCCAGUUUAUCUCCACUACCAGCUUUGGCGGCCUGAAUCGUCUCGAGCCUCCCAGCUAUGUCUACAAUGCCAGCAAAGCUGCUCUAAACCAUCUAACUAAGACCUUGUCGUCUGAAUUUGCUAAACACAACAUCCGGGCCAACGCAAUUGCUCCUGGCAUGUUCGUUACGGAGAUGACCGAGGUACGUGACGGAGCGUUGCAUCUCUCUUUCCGAUGAU